ACAUAUUAUAUUUUUUAUUUAACUCAUGUUGCAUUUGAUAGUUAACCAGUCAUAAGUAUCCCGCAAACGCAUUAAUUUUUGACCGCAGGACCAGUCGUACAAAUCUCUUAAAACCGAUAGAACCACAACCACCCGCAUCCGCAAAACUCCUAUAACCGCAGCCGCCACGUUUGAACCGGUCAGGCCCUAGGUCUAAUAAACUUGUAAAAUUUGGUUCCAACAAAACGUUGUUCACCGUUCCGACUUUCUAGGUUCGUCGUCACAGAACGACAAAUUUGUUUACGUCCAAGAUUUUGACUAGUAACAGUACUUUAUGCACGAGACGACGGACAUUUUUGGCAUGUUGUCUCACAUAACACUCCCACCACAACAUCCAAACAUACUUAUUUAUUCACACAUAUCUGAUCUACACUAUAAUGUAUGCCAUUUCUGACCAUUGCUAGCCGCAUUAAAAAAAAUGGAUAAAAGAUGGAGUCUUCAAGGUAUGACUGCUCUAGUAACCGGUGGAGGCAGAGGAAUCGGGUAUGCCAUAGUAGAGGAGUUGGGUGGUUUUGGAGCUAAAAUCUAUGUAUGUGACAUAUCCGAGACUUUGCUCAAUAAAAGUUUAAGCGAAUGGGAAAAGAAAGGGUUUCAAGUGAGUGGUUCAGUCUGUGAUGUAACUUCUCGACCCGAGAGAGAAAAUUUGAUGCAAAAGGUCUCCACCCUGUUCAAUGGCAAGCUCAAUAUUUUUGUGAACAAUGUGGGUGGAGUUCGUUCAAAGCCAAUGACAGAAUAUGAUGCAGACGAUUUUGAUUUCCAUAUCGCAACAAACUUGGAACCUGCUUUCCAUUUUUGCCAACUUUCACAUCCUCUCCUAAAGGCUUCAGGUUAUGGAAGUAUUAUCUUCAUUUCCUCUGUCGCCGGGGUUGUAUCAAUUGAAUCUGGAUCUAUUUGUAGUCUAGCGAAAGGAGCUCUGAACCAGCUAGCAAAACAUUUGGCAUGUGAAUGGGCAAAAGAUGGCAUAAGGGCCAACGCUGUUGCUCCUAAUGUUAUCAAGACUCCUCUGUCUCAACCUUAUCUAGAUGACGUCAGAUUCAAGAAGGGAUUGUUUGGUAGAACUCCACUUGGUCGCGCUGGUGGGCCAAACGAAGUUGCAUCACUAGCCGUCUUCUUGUGUCUACCUGCAGCUUCCUACAUCACAGGUCAAACCAUUUGUGUUGAUGGAGGCCUCACGGUUAACGGUUUCUCCUAUCAACCGCAUGCUUAAGAAAUAGCCUUGUUUCGUUUUUCUUUUUUCUUUAAACUCUUACAGUAUUAUCUAUAAUAAAAUUUCUCACGCGACGAAUGCAUGCGCAAAAAUAUGAACGACUACACAUUGCCAUUUGUAUGAAUAGAAGAUUCAAUCACACAGGAGAACCUUAGCGAGCACCAACAACUUGAAGCAAAGCAAUAUCUCUCAAGAGAGACUCUCAUGCAUCAUAAAGUUUCUCCUCUAUACUCUGCUUUGUUCUAACAAAGAAAAAGCGAAUCAAACUCGAAGAAAACAAGAAAACUGAGAGAGAAACUCGAUCAACAUGUUUAACUGAGCAUAACAUUGGUAACACUCAUACAUGUGCACUUCAAAACUCGUAUCAAAUCUUUAAAACCUUGUGAUGCUUUCAGUGUCUGCGAUCAGCUAGGCACUUUCUACUUUGUCAUUGUGUUCAGCAACAUCUUAUAUAAACUCAAUCCUAUCAAUCUCCAUCCCGAAAACUAAAUAUUCUAUAAAAAUAUUGUGCUAUUUGAUCUUUAAUAUCAAAUUGUUUUUUUUUUUACAAUAUUUGUUGAAUUCGGCGUUCUUCCGCCGACUCAGAUUUAAGCUUAUUGCAUGUUCGACACUAGUACUCUUGUGCGUAAAGUUAUUGGAAAAGACAAGUGACAAGUUUUGGUUGAAGAUCUUGAGUAUCAAGUUAUAUACAGAAGAUCUUAGAAAGGUUUGACGAUUUUAAUAGCAAACCCAGUUUGCACAUUUUUGGUGAGCACAUCAUGCUUUCAACAACGCAAUGUCCAAAGAUUUAUAAUAUAUCAUAGAUGUGACAUAAUUCGUUUAUGCUAAUGUAGUUGGUUAUUUGUAUAUGUUAAGAGUCUACACAUGUCAGAUUCAGUAUAAGCGGUUAGUCACGUAAUAAAUUUACUUUGAAGGGUACAAAGUAUAGGCUUAUGUUUAGAGGCCAACAGUGUGGCUUAGUUAUAGUAACAUGAACUCGGAUUAUGCAUGAGAUUUAGGCAAUGCAAUGUAUACUUCAUGAGACAAUUUUAUCCUUGCAAGAGGUCCUCCUAUCUGUUGAAGACCGAUGGUGUAAUCAAUUGUAAUUGUCUACUAUGUAAGUGGAAAUUGAUAGAAUACUGGGUUAAGUUAUUUGUGUCAGAGUUGAGCGUUGAUUAAGGUAGAGCUGAGCUAUCUAUAUUCAAGGAGAAUGAAUCUGAAAAAAUCUACUUAAACAAGGUUGUUGGACCUAUUCACUAGAAACUUAAUAAUUAAUAUUUACCUUAACCAAACAAAAAUAUAUCAAUAUGAUAUUUCUUAAUAUUCACUCCUAGAAUAUUUUCAUAUCUAACAAACUGAUUCCGUUAUCAAUCGAAUUAAUUAUACUGUGUUUCUAUUAUUCAAUUAAUCAUCAAUACUACAUAUGUAUAUCCACGCCAUCUCACAUACUACAUUGUUGUAAAUUCAUAAGUGGUCUAAUCAAAUUAUAAAUUGGUUUACAUAUAGAAUCCAUUAUAACCAUCCGAAAUGAUUUAGAUAGUGAUUUAAUAUUUUUAACUAAUGGUUAAUAUAUAUUAACAACAUUUAAUUAUUCAUUAAUAUUUCCUAGAUUUAAUAUUUUUUGAGUAUGUCAUAUUUUGACAUAAGUAGUAUCGAUUGUGAUUCCUAUAAAACAGGGAAUAAUUCAACAGUUACUUUCAUAAUUUACAUUAAAUUCAUUUUACAUUAUAUAAUUCCAAAUAUUGACAAAAUAAAAUUUGAUAAAAACACUUUAGCAAACCAUUUGUUAAAAAUUAUAUAUACUACGUUAAAUUAAUUUUUAUAAAGAGUAUCAAUAAUAAAAAUAUGUUAUUUAAGAUAAACUUAAAAACUAUUAAAAAUCAUAUAAAUCUAUACUAUUAAAUUAGUCAAAAUCAAGUAAAUCUUAAGUCUCGUAACCUCAAUAAAUACAACUCUUAUAAAAUACACACAAAAUAUAAUAAGAUAGAGUAGGCAUGUGCAUUCGGAUCUUGGAGUUGGGUACAUAUUGUUUCUUUUCGAUUCCGAGUCUUUCGAGUCUUAGACAUUUGGAUCUAACUAGGUAUUUGAAAUUUUUCUUGGUUCAUGUUCAAAUAGGUUCACUUCAUGACCAUGACAAUUCAGGUCCCAUAAUUCAGAUACAUGUAAUUUUUAAAUAUGUAAUGGGUUUGGGUAUUUAAGACCCAAAAAAACUUAAAGUACCUGAAAACUCAAACAAAUACCUGAAAAUAUUUGAAUACCAGAAAAACACAAAGUUUGCCCGAAAUCUGAUAAAAGAACCAAAAAACACCCAAAAUUUUAUUCGAAUGCCCAACAUAUAUUUUUAAAACUUUGACAUUUUAAUCAAAAUCUGAACCCAAAAUUGGAAAAAAAAAUAGUAAUACUGAAAAUUGAAAUACCCAAAUAUACUAAUAUACGCAAAAUAUUUUAGGUACCCGCGAUUGGGAUUCUGGUAGGAACAAGAC